AUGUCGGCCCUCGAACUCGUCACCCAGUACGCUCAGGUAGCGUUGACCCACCUCCCCGAACCCGCCCAACAAUUCCUCCGCAACUCCGCAACGCAAAAGACCCUGGGUGCUAUCGCCGCACUUGGUCUGGUCCGCGCGACAAAUCGCUUCAUCUCACAACGCGCUCUCCAGAACUGGACGAGCAAUGAUCCAUGGAAUCCCGCCCGUGAGCUGAUCCUCUUGACAGGCGGCUGCAGUGGCAUCGGCAAGCAGGUCAUGGAAGACCUCGCACGCGCCGGCCUGCGUGUUAUCAUCCUCGAUAUCAAUGAGCCAAACUUUGAUUUGCCUGCCAAUGUAUUUUUCUACAAGGCGAACAUCACCGACUCCGGGGAUAUUGCAGAGGUAGCAAAGGCCAUCCGUGCCAACCACGGUGAGCCCACCGUGUUGGUGAACAACGCGGGUGUCGGCCAUGACGGCACUAUCCUCGAGGAGCCCGAGGCCAAGAUUCGUCAGACUUUCGAGGUGAACACUCUCUCGCAUUUCCUGAUGGUCAAGGAAUUCUUGCCGGCUAUGAUCAAGGCCAACCACGGUCACAUUGUGACUGUGGCCAGUAUGGCUAGCUUCGUCGCACUCGGUGAGAUGGUGGAUUACUGCUGUUCCAAGGCUAGUGCGCUUGCUUUCCACGAGGGACUGCGCCAGGAACUGCGCCACUGGUAUCACGCACCCAAGGUGCGCACAAGUGUUAUCCACCCCCUGUGGGUGCGAACCCCUAUGAUCCACCUUCUCACCGAGAAUGAGGCACAAUUCAAUCAGCCUAUUAUGACCCCCCAAGUGGUCUCAGACGCGAUCUGCAAGCAGAUUGUGUCUCAAACCAGUGGCCAGGUUAUCUUGCCUGCUCGUCAGUCGGCGGCUAGUCUCGUGCGUGCUAUGCCUACCUGGUUACAGGAGAGUGUGCGCACUUAUGCGUCUGGUUCAUUGAAGAGAAUGCGGGAUGCGCAGGCGGCGCUCGUUAAGGCGCAGUAG